CCACGCCCCCUGUGACCACCGCCCCAUGGUCUUCACUGCGCAAACGCAGGCUUUCCAGGGCGCUAUUUGCGCGCGUGGCUGAGGACGACCGCGGCCUGUGGCCCCCUCCCCGGUGGAAGCAUGGAUGCCUUGGAACUUGCCAGAAAGCUGCAGGAGGAGGCCACGUGCUCCAUCUGCCUUGACUACUUCACGGACCCGGUGAUGACCUCCUGCGGCCACAACUUCUGCCGCGAGUGCAUCCGGCUGACCUGGGAGAAGGCCAAAGGCAGGAAAGGGGGGAGGAAGCGGAAGGGCUCCUUCCCAUGCCCCGAGUGCCGGGAGCUGUCCCCGCAAAGGAACUUGCGGCCCAACCGCCUGCUGACCAAAGUGGCUGAGAUGGCGCGGCAGCACCCGGGCUUCCAGAGCAGGGACCUGUGUGCAGAGCACCAGGAGUUGCUGAAGCUCUUCUGUGAGGACGACCAGAUCCCCAUCUGUGUCGUCUGCAAGGAGGCCCGGGAACACAGGACCCACAGGGUGGUCCCGGUCGAGGAGGCCGUGCAAGAGUACAAGGAGAAGGUGAAGGAGCAGAGGCAGCGCAUCCUGGUGGAGUUUGAGAAGAUGGGCCUCUUCCUCCUGGAGGAGGAACAGCGCCUGCUCCAGGCCCUGAAGACUGAGGACGAAGAGGUGGGAGCCAGGCUGCGGGAGAGCUCUGCCACCCUGGAGCGGCAGGGCCACUCCCUGGAGAUGCUGCUGCUCCAGCUGGAGGACAAGAACCAGCACAGCCCACUGCAGAUGUUGCAGGACAUGAAGGAGCUCCUGAGCAGGAGGAACAGCCUGAGUGUACAGUACCCAGAGGCCACCCCAACUGUGCUGAGGACAGUCUGCAGGGUCCCUGGGCAGAUAGAGGUGCUGAAGAGUUUCCAAGAGGAUGUGGUGCCGGACUCCGCCACCGCCUACCCCUACCUCCUCUUGUACGAGAGCCGCCAGAGGCGCUACCUGAGCACGCCACUGGAGGGCGCGCUCCACAGCAAGGACCGGUUCCUGGCCUACCCCUGCGCCGUGGGCCGGGAGACCUUCUCCUCGGGCAGGCACUAUUGGGAGGUGGGCAUGAACCUCACCGGUGACGCUCUCUGGGCCCUGGGCGUGUGCAGGGACAAUGUGAGCCGGAGGGACAGGGUCCCCAAGUGCCCCGAAAAUGGGUUCUGGGUGGUGCAGCUGUGCAAAGGGAAGAAGUACACACCCAGCACAUCUGCCCCAACCCCUGUCACGCUGGCCGAGCCCCCCAGCCACAUGGGGGUCUUCCUGGACUUCGAGGCGGGGGAGGUGUCCUUCUACAACCUGAAGGACGGGUCCCACCUGCACACCUACGCCCAGCUGCAAUUCUCCGGCCCCCUGAAGCCCUUCUUCUGCCUGGGGGCCCCCAAAUCAGGCCAGAUGGUCAUCUCUACAGUGACGCUGUGGGUGAAGGGAUAGGGGCACAGGCCGGGGGAAGGGGGGCGCGGGCGUCCCUGGUUUCUCCAGAAGGUGAGGUGGCUCCACUCAGCGCAGGCCACCUGCCAGACAUAUCUAAGGUGGUGGAGCGCUUGUGAGCCACUGGCUGGCUGCUCUCAAAGCUGAAGUGUAAUCGCGAUUAAAGCCUUUAAAUAUCAA